AUGUCUAGCUCAAAAUUUGACACAGCUGUCAGGUUGUUAGAAUCACCGACGUUUGAUAGCCGUUGGUUUUUUGAGUUUGCUAAACGGAAAUUAAUCAUCAAGAUUUCAUGCAAUGCACAUGCCAUUCUUGACGUUGAUAUGGAGCCACUGGGAACUGGACUCUGCUUGCCCAAUGCUAGUUUGGUUUUUGAGGGAAAACUUGCUGUACUUCGUGCUCUGUUGCCUGUGGGGAAAGGCGAUGAGGUAUUGAUAAGUUACAUAGACCUUUGUCAAACCACCAGGGAUCGACGGGACGAUCUCAAUGAAAAAUACCAUUUUGUUUGCUCAUGUCGCCGCUGCUGUAAGUAUGAUAAAAUCGAUGAUCAAAUUUUGGAUGCUCUGCGAUGCAAGCAUGGCAAAUGCGAUGGUUUCUUGGUUGAUAAAUGCGGAAUUUACAGUCGGGACCUGAAUCUUGAAUGCAGCAAAUGUGGACAUGUCAGGACUUCGGAAGUGGAAAGAAGAGCAAAGAGAAAAUUAGAACCACUGCUUGCCAAGGCUGGAUUUGUUGUAGAUUAUGAGGGAGCUCUGUCUACAUAUAAGAAAAUUGAGGCAGCGACCCUGGAUCUUUUCCAUCCUUCUUCAUUGCCCGUGAUGCUUGUCAGAUAUUUACUUACAAAGCUCCAUAUGGAGACAGGAGAUACACAAGCAGCGCUGGAAUGUUGUAGAUUGGUAACACCAGUACGUGAAAGACUAUUACAAAGAAACGAUCCUGUUCUUGGACGGCACUACUACCUACGAGGGAGGCUUGAAGGGUUAGAAAAUUUUCUUUGUGUCUCCAUUAUCUUUAAUAUUAUGAACAUGAAAAGGAUGUUUGUUUAUUACAGAGUUAAAGGGAACAAAGAGGAUGGUCGGGAUUAUCUGAUCAGGGCACGUGAUAUACUGGAAAUUACUCAUGGACCAAAUUUCCCUUUGGUGAGAGAACUCUUGGAUUGUGACAGAAUUCUUGGACGACUUGGCCAAGGAACAAGUGGGAGGCCCUAG